UAAUCUCCUCCACUCUCCUUCGUUUCUUUUUUGCAUUUUUCAGUUUGAGAUCUCUGCAUCUUCGUUCCAAAAUCGAAGAGGAGAUUAUUUCCCCAGCUUCUCUCCGCUCUCUGCAUCGUCUCCAGUCCGCUAGCCUCCGACUCCGACGAUCUUGGGGUUCUUAGUAGGCGUUCUCAGUUCGCCAGCCAUCGACUCCGACGACAGUCGGCGUUCUCAGGUUGCCAGCCUCGUACUCUGACGAUCUUGGCCAUUCUCAGCUUCACCUUUGAUCAUUAGUACUCUUGAUCUCUCUGUUGUCGCACCCUCACCUCACCCUCACUCUCGGUCUGCUCUCCGAUCUCUCCCCGAUCUAUCAGACGCCGAAGCCCAGAAAUUGAAAGAGUAUCUCUUGGAAAUUCGAUCACUGGUAUAAUAUAAUUUUGUGGCAUCAAGAUAGGUUAAAUUACUGUCGUGUUAGUAGAUGUCAGCAGAUGUGGCUAGAGCUCACGGUGGAGACGCUGGCGGUGAUCCUCCACCGGAUCCUACUAGGAUCCCGACUACAUGCGACUCAGGAAUCCCAAUUAAGAGAAAUGGUCGUGGCGCAGCUAUUGGAAAAGAUCUAGAGGAGAGGCGGCGUAAAAAUGGAAAACCACUGGAAGUAACGUUUUGCCCACGAACGUACAAGGUUGUUGGGAGCGAGCACGCUGCUUUUGUCCGCCUUGUGGAAACCCAAAUUAAAACGAAAGUUCCCGGACAUUACGGUUCAUGGGAAUUAGUGCCUCAACAAUACAAGGAUCAGAUCCUUGCCAUAAUUCAGUACUAUUAUCAAAUAGCGGGCCGCGAGGAUUUCUUAAAGUGUUUAAAUGGUAUCGAUCGAGAGAUGAAAGACCGAUACCACAAUAGGAAAACACUAAGACACGAACACUUUGAGAAAUACUACAAUGGACCGGAGGAUUGGGAUAAGGUUCUAAACAACCCAACCAAUGAUGUUAACAAGGAGGAGUGGAAGCAGAUUUGUCAGUUAUUUACAAGUCCACAAUUUAUUGCGCGCUCCAUAAAGAAUAAGGAAAAUCGGAAGAAACAAAAGUAUUCUACAACACAGGGUACAAAAUCGCUGGCAGCCGUCCGUUUUGAAAAAACGAACCCGGACCUCAUUGAGUCAUGGAAGGAUUAUCAUUGGAAGAAAUCAAAAAAUGAUUUCGUGAACGAUAAUGCUCGCCAAGAUUAUGAAAAACUGAAGGCUGAUUUUGAGUUACGAACUCAGCAAGCAUCCACUGAUGCUUCUAAUAAUGAUAGUCCGUCAUCAGUUGAUCAGGAGGAGGUGCUACAAAAAGUAUUAGGCCAAAGGCGUGGACAUGAGCGAGGAGUGGGCCGCAAAUUGAAGGGGUCGGGGUCGAGGUCAUCAUCUACCCAACACUCUCACUUCAGCGAGUCUCAAGUUCCUCCUCAUCAUUCAAGAGAAUAUAUAGAAAAUCUGAAGAAUAAUUUACAGAAAUUGACUGAUCAAGUUAAUUUCUUAACUCAAUAUUUUGUACCUUCAUUUCGUCCACCAAACGUUCAGAUGCCGCAUGUGCCUGAUAGUGACAAUACUUCUAGGGCUUCAUCUUCUCAACCUCCAGCUCCAACUCAUCCUUCUAUGUACGGGGCAGCGCCGUCUUAUCAUAUGGUAUCUCCAUAUAUGUACGGAGUAACACCUUAUCCGUGUCCGAUUCCACCGUCCUCCCAGCCAUCGUAUCCCUACAUGUAUGGAGCUGGAUCGUCCACAUUACCUCCCCAAUAUCCUUGGCCGAUGCCGCCACCGCAGCAAUCACAACCACAGCCACCGCAACAACCACAACAAGAAGACAAUAGGGAGGAGGACGAGGCAACUGACUUAGGAGACUAAGUUUAUUUUUUUAUUAAUUAUUGUUAAAUUUUAUGAAUAAUAUGAAUAUUUGUUAUGUUAAUGUAUUAUGAAUAUUUACAAUUGUUAUUUUAAUAUACUAAUUUGAAUAUUUAAUAUAAUAUUUUUAUUUUUAAUA